AUGGGUCAAUUACAGUUUUUGGCGGCUCUGCUGAGCGUCUUGCCACAGAUCGGUUACUCUAAGCCAGUGGAAUCUCAUUAUCCUCCUUCAACAAAGCCUUUGCAAUCCCGACAAUUCUCUAAUAAUCUCGGCGCUGUGGCCUGCGAGAGUGAAAUAUGCAGCACCAUUGGAGUGAACAUCCUUCGAGAUGGAGGUAACGCAGCUGAUGCUAUGGUCGCAACAGUUCUUUGUGUUGGAACAGUUGGCAUGUAUCAUUCUGGUAUUGGCGGAGGAGGUUUCAUGCUUAUCCAUAAACCAAAUGGAAAGAAUGAGUCUUCAGCUUAUGAGUUCGUUGAUUUCCGAGAGAUGGCGCCUGCGGCUGCGACAGAGGAUAUGUUCAAGAAGAAUGUGAAUGAGAGUAUCUACGGCGGCAAAGCUAGUGGUGUCCCAGGAGAAUUACGUGGUCUUGAGCAUUUGCACAAGAAAUAUGGCAGUCUACCCUGGUCUGACCUCGUCCAGCCAGCUAUCAAGGUCGCACGCUAUGGCUUCCCCGCUAACAACGAUACCAUGUCAUUCAUGAAGAGGACCUACACAAAAUCUGAAAACGAGAGUUUCUUGGUCAACGAUCCAGCCUGGGCGAUUGAUUUUGCACCUUCUGGCAAACUUGUCCAGGUUGGUGAGAAGCUCACCCGAAGAAGAUUUGCGGAUACUCUUGAAGCCAUCGCCGGUGGUGGAGCAGAUGUUUUCUACGAAGGCCCCAUAGCUGACGCUAUGAUUCGAACUCUUCAACGGGAGAAGGGUAUCAUGACAACUGAUGAUCUGAAGAAUUACACUGUUGAGAUUCGCGAACCUUCUCAGAUUAACUACCGGGGUGGAAAGGUUACUAGUGGCUCAGCUCCUUCCAGCGGUGCUGUAGUUGCGGCAACUCUGAAUAUUCUGGAGGGAUAUGACUUCCUUGGCGAUCCCAGCCGAGUCAACGAUAGUGCUUAUUAUCUUGAUGAAGCGUUCAAGUUCAGCUACGGCAUGAGAACGAACUUGGGAGAUCCAAGCUACGUCGAUGAUAUGGCCAAGUACCAAUCGGAGAUGUACUCCAGUGCCACCGGCCAGGAAGUCAGAGCCAAACUCGAAGGAAGUCCUCUCGAGCUCAAGGAGUACGAUCCCGAAGGCCUCGAAAGCUUAGACACACCCGGAACUUCACACAUCGUCGCCAUGGAUUCAUCCGGUCUCGCAAUCUCUCUCACCACAACCAUCAACCUAAACUUUGGCUCCCAAGUAAUCAUCCCCGAAACAGGCGUAAUCAUGAACAACGAAAUGAACGACUUCAGCAUCCCUGGCGAAUCCAACCAAUUUGGCUUUAUCCCCAGCGAAGCAAACUUCAUCCGGCCUGGCAAACGUCCACUUUCUAGCAUCAGCACAACCAUAGUCGAAGGACCCGACGGCCAAGUGUCUCUCGUCACAGGUUCUGCAGGCGGGAGUAGAAUCAUCACUGCUACUGCGCAGGUUGUGCUCAACGCUAUUGAUAAGAACAUGACUGUAGCGGAAGCUCUUGCUGCUCCGAGAUUGCACGACCAGCUUGUUCCCAGACGGGUUACUUUUGAGUAUGCUUUUGAUAACUCUACAGUGGCUUAUUUGGAAGGUAUUGGAAACAAUGUUACGUGGGUUGCGCCGGGACAGAGUACUGCGCAGGCUUUGAGAAGGUUGAUGAAUGGGACUUUUGAGGCUGCUGGUGAGCCGCGACAAGUGAACUCUGGCGGUUUCUCGACUUGA